UAAAAUUGAAUUUUCUUUCGGCUAUUUUUAGCAUAUGUCAACGCUCUGAGGCUACACAUCACGUUAGUUGCAAAAAUGUAAACAUGUCUUUCAAUUAUGAAACGGGUUUAUCUUCCAUAAUUCUUGACAACGUUGUACCCAAGCAGUGUUAUUAGCAGUUUUUAUGCAAGAGUAACUGAAAUCCGGUAAAAAUUAGACCAGUUGAUAUGCAUAAUAAUUGGAUUUGUGACCUUUAUAGAGCCUUUAAGGAACAUCAAUAAGGAAUGGUUAUUCUGUACAGCAUUUUAGGUGCUGCUAAUCCGACGAACAUCUGAUCAAAUUGUUGUGGCUUAGGACGUUCUAUGAUACUUGACUUACUAGUAACCGAUUUCAACUCAAAAUAGUUGAAUGGUUGAAAAGUGACAGCGAAGUGAAAACGAAAAUAGAAUAAAGAACAUUUAUACAGAGUCAGGUAAUGGCUGGUACUGUGUCCAGUGCCCAUUGCGCCGUGCAGGUGGGAAGCUACAUGGCCCAGAGGAGUAGCGAGUGGCCGGAGAGGGGUAGACACAUCUUAGCACAGUUUGACGAGGAAACCAUCGUCGUGUACCAGGCCUUCCGGCCAGAUAUAGCGGAGUACGCCGUGACGCAUGGGAAGUUCGGAGGCCCAGAGUACAGUUUUACCCGGAUGACAUGGAUCAAAACCAACUUCAUGUGGAUGAUGUAUCGUUCUGGUUGGGGACAGAAACGGGACCAGGAGCGGACACUUGCCAUCUUCCUGAGCAGGAAGGGGUUUGAGGAACUGUUGAAAGGGGCAAAAGGGGUUGGAAUUACAUUGGAAAAACAUCAACCAGAUGAUGUACGGAUACAGUGGGAUCCUGACCACUGUCCAAAAGGGGAAAAGCUCGAAAGAAGGGCCAUCCAGCUAGGUCUGAAAGGCACCGCUCUACAGAAGUUUCACCAGGAUUACAUACAGCGCAUUGCCGAUAUUAGCGAGUUCGUUGAUGAACAACGACAAUUUGUUGAUAAUGAUGCACUUGACAAGCUAUUAAGUCCAAUUGAAAAGGUUUACGUACCUAGUGACAAAGAGAUAUGUCGACAUAUCUUAUUGGAGGGCUACGACACUAUCAAUGGGAUUGCAGGUGCUACUGAGGCUAGUUACCCACUAAAGAACAUAACCGAUGAAAAUGCUGAGGCCUGUUGUUCAGGGAAGUUGCAAUCACUUAUUGACGGAAGGUUUGGUGGUACCGAUACCAAGGAGAAUGUCAUUGUUUGUCUUGGGGGAGCGUUCAAUCCCGUCCAUACAAGACAUGUUGCAGUUUUAAAAGCAGCUAUUGGUUGGCUACACAAGAAUACUCAUUACCGCGUUGUUGCCGCGAGACUAGCGGUCGCACCGGACGGAUACGUGAAACAGAAAUGCAAGAAGACGAAAGUAUUGUGCAUCAAAGCACAACACAGACUCAGACUGUGUCAGCUCACGUGUGACGGGCAUGAUUUAAUACAAUCUUAUCACUCAACGGUCGGAUCUGCCCUGGAGUGCGGGCAAAAUGUCCGCAGGGAGGAGAACUGGGGGAACGUCAAGACCGCCGUGGUAGUCGGAGCAGAUAGGGCUGUGAGCAGAGGUGGUGGGAAGUGGACGAGAAAGAGCAAAUGCGUCACAGUCUGCGUUGGGAGGAAAGGUACCACCGAUGCGGUUAAACAGGCGUAUCUUGCGGAUCUUUCUUUGCACUCAGUUGAAGACAAGGACUUCUUUAUUGCAGAUACGGAGAUCGAUGAUGUCAGCUCGACGGAAAUACGACGCAAACUACAAAGCGUUAAUUUGGGUAUCUCUGACGUUUACGCGAAAGGAAACUACCAGAGUUGUUCUAGUACGAGCUUCGACCAAGAGAGGACAGUACUUGAGACACAAGGACCGACUGAGGAGGAUACAACGACAACCCAGCAGUGUAGUACAAUGAAGCCAGCUGUUAACAAGCAAACAUCACCGGAUGUUGUUAUUGGAGAACUGGUUCAAAAAGGCUGGAUUGACAACAAGGCUGGUGCAUACAUUUUAGAGCAUCUGUCAGACUUGUACCACUAGCAGCGACAUGGUUUUAAGAGCAUUCACAUUUAACCUAGUUUGUGGUAAAUGUUCAGGUCAGUUUUGACGCAGUCUGAUAAAAUAUUUACAAAGGAGGUUAACGCAUGGCAAUGUGGUCAUCAAAUGAUCAAAUAUCAUGGUACCAAGAGAGAAUGUGUAUGCAUUAUAUUUUUAAUUAAUUUUUGCUAACCUAAUGCAAGAAAAUACCAAAAAAAAUCAUACUAAAAACAAGUGAUAUCACUGUUAAAGCAUAAUCCCCGCGAAUAAGGGUAAAUAAUGGAAAAUAAGGGAAAAUAAGGGAAAAUCAACACCUUUGAACAUCGGAGUUAUUAAAUGAAAAACAGAACAUUUACAAAGAACAAUAACUCUGCAGUACGGAAAAAAUAUAUGAUAUUUGAACUAUGCAUUGCCUCGCAGUGUUCAUUAUCAUUAUUUUUAAUUAACUUCUGUAUUAUUCCCUUCAAUGUUAAGUGAGUAAUGCUCCAAAAUAGGAAAAAAUAAAGAACACCAACUCUCUAUCACUGAAUAUAGAGUCUUUAUCACUGAAGGAAUUGUGCUUCUUGUACUCUGCGAUUCCUCUCAAUGUCCACUAUUUAUAUCCGAAGUUUCAAAGAAACUCAAUUCUAUAUUAACAGAGUUAUUCUUCGCACAAUUAAAUUCAACAAAGAUCAAUAACCCCAGUAAUAUAAAUGAAAGAAUCACAGUUUACGUUUACAGUUAUGAUCUGCAUAAUAAAAUUACACGACCUGUAUGUAAUUGUGCUCUGCAAAAGAAAACAAACAUGGGCAAAAACUUCUAAAACAAUGAAGUUAUAUUUCUUGCACUGUGAACUUUCUUGCGAUGUUCAAGGUAUAUCUAUGAAGUAUCAUCUUGAUCUACAAUUCUUAUAUUAUUAUGGAGAGCACUAAAAAAAACAAAGGGCAUUAACGACGUAAAAUUCGGGAUGCAACAGGUUAACCGGUUAAACUACUGAAUGAUUAGUUAUCAGGUUACAUUUUCAAGAAAAGGUUAUCCUGAAACUUAAAAAAAGCGUAAUGGAACUUGGUCAGUGACCUCACACAAUGACUCGAACCCUUGUGUAAAAUUUCAGGUGAAUACUAAUUGAUAAAAGAUAUGGAGUCACUGCACGCAAUC